AUGAUUUGGAGAUGUUUAGCGAUUCUUUUCUUCAUAAAGCCUGUAGAGGCUUUAAUUACUUACAACAUUGGCACAAUUGUUACUCAGGGUUCAUUAGCCUAUGAGAAUAUACGUUAUGCUGUUGAUCGAUGGAAUAGCGAAAACUCAGCUCAUACGGAGAUUGAGUUGCGAAUUGUAGCUCCUGUUCAUUCUCAAAAUCUUGAGGAAAAAUUUUGCGAGAUACUUCAACAUGCUGUUGUUGCGGUUGUUUUACAACCCCACAUAUCAAAACUUGAUGACACAUUAGCCAAAUCGAUGUGCCAUCAUUUUAAAAUUCCAUGUUUAUCCGUAUUUUCAAGGAAUCAUGAACACUCUGUUUCUGAUUUCGUCACAUCACUCGGACCAUCAAGAGGAUUGGCAGCUACAGCCACAAGUCAAUUUCUCGAAGAUUUACGAUGGACUUCUUUCUUAUUGGCUUAUCAGCAAGAUUCAGAUUUGGAAGAUUUGGCUCCGCUCAUAUACACAAGAUCGGAAGGAGAAAUUCGUCGUCCAACUAUAAGAGUUCGAAAGCUACCCAAUAACACCCAUGACUAUGAACCAUUCCUUAAGUAUGUGAAAAAUAAAUUGAAACAAACUAACAUAAUAAUUCAUUCUUACAAUAUUACCACUUUGUACAACUUACUUCAACAAGCCAGAGGGUUGAAUAUGACCGACUCUCCUUUUUCUUACGUUUUCACUAAUACAGAUUUAUCACUGUUAGAAGACUUCCUCAAUAAUAUUUAUGGUCACUUCCAUUGUAAUAUCACUGGACUGCAGCUUGUUAAAAACGACCCCAUGAUGAAGACAGAAUUAGCUCUAACAUCUGAAGCAAUUGGAGUUAUUGGUAGUUCCUUACAUCGCCUUCAAGAGAUUGCCAGCCCAGCUCGACCGAUGUCCAUGUUAUGUGACACUAGAGAUGAAUGGAGAGAUGGCGAGAAAAUGAACCGAGCAAUGCGAAAACUCUCUCUGAAACACCAAUUGACCGGCGAUGUUCAUUUCGAUACAAAAGGCGAAAGAGAAGAUUUGAUGUUUUAUGGAAUUGGACGAAUUAAUUCACAAUUUGUUCAGGUUUGUUUCAUUUUCGAAAAUAUUCUACUGAACAGCCAACAUGUGUAA